ACUCUGUUGUUCAGUUCUUCCUUCUUGCAUUUGAGGAAAUGGCUUGCAUGAAAUUGGGUUCUAAAGCAGAGGCAUUCCAGCGUCAUGGGCAGGCCUGGUUCUGCACCACUGGGCUUCCUAGUGACAUAGUUGUUGAAGUUGAGGAGAUGUCCUUCCACCUUCACAAGUUCCCUUUGCUCUCUAGAAGUGGAGUUAUGGAAAGACUGAUUGCUGAAGCUUCUGAAGCAGAGGAUGAAUGUACCAUAAACAUCCCUGGCAUUCCUGGAGGGGCAAAAACAUUUGAACUCGUUGCAAAAUUCUGUUAUGGUGUGAAACUUGAACUUACCGCCUCUAAUGUAGUGUACCUCCGUUGUGCUGCUGAGUGUCUUGAAAUGACAGAGGAAUAUGGUGAAGUUAAUCUAAUUUCACAAACAGAAACCUUCCUCAACCAAGUGGUCCAUAGAAGUUGGAAGGACUCUCUGAAGGCACUUCAAACCUCUGAUGAUGCCAUGCCUUAUGCUGAGGAGCUCAACAUCACAAAAAGGUGCAUUGAGUCACUUGCUGCGAAAGCAUCUACUGAUCCAAAUCUAUUUGGGUGGCCAGUUCUUGAACAUGGUGGGCAAAUGCAGAGCCCUGGUGGAAGUGUUUUGUGGAAUGGGAUAAGUACCGGGGCAAGACCAAAGAACUCAAAUUCAGAUUGGUGGUAUGAGGAUGUAUCAACUCUGAGUUUGUCACUUUACAAGAGGUUGGUAGAAGUCAUGGAAUCACGUGGCAUUAAGCAGGAGAUAAUCGCCGGUUCCCUUGCUUUCUAUGCUAAAACAUACCUGCCUGGGUUAAAUCGACGUCAAGUUUCUGGUGAGUCCAGUGCUCGAUUAGCAGCAGCAUCUUUAGGGUCUCCUCCAUCUGAAGAAGACCAGAAAGCUCUGCUAGAGGAGAUUGCCCAGUUACUCCCUAUGCAGAAGGGUCUAGUCCCAACAAGUUUCUUGUCUGGUUUACUUCGAACUGCCAUGAUACUUCGAGUAAACCCCUCAUGCAUAUCAAAUUUAGAGAAACGGAUUGGGAUGCAGCUUGAUCAAGCUACUCUAGAUGAUCUCUUGAUGCCUAAUUUCUCACAUUCAAUGGAGACCCUUUACAAUGUUGACUGUGUGCAGAGAAUUGUUGAACACUUCCUUGCCAUGGAUCAGGUUGCUGGUGAUGCCUCUCCAUGUUCUAUUGAAGAUGGUCAGUUGAUUGGUUCACCUUCGCUGACACCCAUCACCAUGGCAGCCAAACUUAUUGAUGGUUACCUGGCAGAGGUUGCCCCAGAUGUUAACUUGAAGCUUCCCAAAUUUCAAGCUCUUGCUGCUGCUGUGCCAGAGUAUGCCAGGCCCUUGGAUGAUGGCCUAUACCGUGCUAUAGACAUUUACUUAAAGUCUCACCCUUGGUUGGCGGAGUCUGAGAGAGAGCAACUUUGCAGAUUGAUGGACUGCCAGAAGCUCUCGUUAGAAGCAUGUACCCAUGCUGCACAAAAUGAGAGGCUACCCCUUAGAAUAAUAGUUCAAGUUCUGUUUUUUGAGCAGCUCCAGCUUAGGACUUCCAUUGCUGGUUGCUUUUUGGUUUCAGAUAAUCUUGACGGAUCGAGACAGUUAAGAAGCGGUUUUGCUGGUUCUAAUGAGGGAGGAUGGGCAACAGCAGUGAGAGAGAACCAAGUUUUGAAAGUGGGCAUGGAUAGCAUGAGGAUGAGGGUAUCAGAGCUUGAGAAAGAGUGCUCAUACAUGAGGCAGGAGAUCGAGAAACUAGGACGGUCGAAGGGAUCAAGUGCGUGGGGAACUGUGUCUAAGAAGCUUGGGUUCAAGCUAAAGUCUCAGAUGUGCAGUGCACAAGAGGGGUCUGUAAGCAACCAGAAUAAUGGAAAUGGUAAGGUCGAGAAAGUGAAGGAAAGACAUGGAAAGCACAAGAAAAUCUCUUCUCCUAGUGAAUAAAACGUCAUUCAAUUGGUUUCUUUUUAAUUGCCUCUCUCGUUACUGUCCCAUAUCUCUAAAACAACCUUGCUUCUGUCUACAUCGCAAGCAACUGUAAUGGAGAUGGAAGAAAGUUUCCUUGUGUAUUAUGUAACUGUAAACUAUAGCAUUAGUCUUCCUUUCUUUCGUUUUCAGGUCACAGGGUCUCUCUACAUGAAAUGCUUAUGUUCAUUAUGCAGCCUGAUUUUUCUGGAGACUUGUUUAUUCAUUAUUUAUUUUUCAAUUUUGUAGCAAUCUGUUUUGAUUUUCUUUGGCCAUAGUAAUGUAGCAAUCUCAGAUUAUCA